AUGGAUUCAGAGAAACAGGACCGCCCUAAUGCUGAGCAUAGAGCUCCCGCCCGACAAGUUGAAGAUGCGGCGACCCUCGCUACGCGCCUUGAGCGGCAGAUGACUGUUCGUCAGUCUCUGCGUUUCUGGCCAAAGGCUAUCAUGUUCUCUUUGAUAGUUUCUCUUGCUAUCAUCAUGGAGGGCUAUGAUACCAAUUUGAUGUCCAACUUCUAUCCCUUUCCCAUGUUCCAGAAACGCUUUGGCGAUCAGGUAGACAAGGAUGGGAAUCCUCUGAUCAGCGCUGAGUGGCAAACCAUCAUCAACAACUCUGGCCAGGCUGGAUCUAUCCUUGGCCUCUUCAUCAAUGGUAUAAUCACCGAAUGGAUCGGAUACCGCUGGACGAUGCAGGUUGCCAUGGUUGCAAUGAUCGGUGCAAUCUUCAUUCCGUUUUUCUCGACUGGCCUUCCCAUGUUCGUCGCGGGAGCGGUGUGCCAGUCGAUUCCGUGGGGCAUCUUUCAGACCCUUGCCGUCACUUACGCGGCUGACAUCUGCCCUCUGGCCCUCCGCCACUACAUGACCUCUUGGAUGCAGAUAAAUAUGUGUUGGGUCAUCGGUCAGCUUAUUUCCAUUGGCAUCUUGAAUGGCCUCCUUUCGCGCUCGGACGAGUGGGCCUACAGGAUCCCGUUCGCGCUGCAAUGGAAACAGAUCUGGCCUGUUCCAAUCAUGAUUGGGACCUACUUUGCUCCCGAGAGCCCCUGGUGGCUCGUCAGACAUGGCCGAUACGAGGAGGCGAAGAACGCCGUCUCCAGCAUGAUCACGCCGCAGGCUGAUGUUGAAUUCGACCUCGACGCCCACAUUGAAAUGAUGCGUGUUACAACCCAGUUCGAGAGAGAGAAUUCUGCCGGUGCUCAUUACUGGGAUUGCUUCCGGGGUUCCAACCUUCGGCGCACUGAGAUUGCGUGCGUGGCUUGGCUCACGCAAGCAUUCGCCGGCACGCCCUUUAUGGGUUUCGGCGUUCAGUUCAUGAUCCAAGCUGGCUUAUCUGCUCGUCACGGCUUUGCCAUGAAUCUCGGACAGACAGGCCUGGGUCUCCUAGGAUGUAUUCUGGCCAUGUGGGUUCUGACGCGAUUCGGGCGUCGGACAAUCUACCUCGUAGGCCUGGGCUUCGCCUGCGUUGAUCUGACCAUCAUCGGUAUCCUUGGUAUUCCAACCGAAUCGCCAUCAACGUCUUGGGCUGUCGGCGCCCUCAUGGUCACCAUGGUUAUCUUCUACCAAAUCACCAUCGGUCCGGCCUGUUACACUAUCGUGGCAGAGAUUCCGUCCACUCAGUUACGUAUUAAGACUGUGGCUUUCGCGCGAGCCUGCUACAACGCUGGAGGCUUCAUCACCAACGUGAUCAUGCCACGCAUGCUUGGUAAGAACGCCUGGAACUGGGGUGCCAAGAGUGGCUUCUUCUGGGCAGGCCUUGCGGGUCUCUUCUUCACCUGGACAUGGUUCCGUCUGCCCGAAGCCAAGGGUCUGACUUACGCGGAACUGGACUUGCUGUUCGAGCAUAAGACGAGGACUCGGGGUUUCUCUCAGCAAGCGGCGGACAUGCUUAAGCCAGAGCUUGAGGAAGUCGGCAACAGAAAGCCUCUAAGUUAA